AGUUGUCUAUGGUAAAUGAAUUUCUGUGGAAUUUUCGUUUUGUUGUGUGAUGUGAAAACAGGACCACCGGACAAUAAAUCCAAUUUUACGCAAUUUUUGUUACGCUAACCGCUUUGUAGUGAUUUUUCGAGGGCCAAAAUAAUUUUAACUAUCCGCCAGCUAAAUGCCACGCGAAAAAAGUAGAUAUCGGGAUCGGCGGAGUUCCUCAUACAGCUCGGAAUCAUCGCACGAACGUAAAAAAUCGAAAAGCAAACACAGGCGACGUUCGCGGUCGACAGAUAGAUCCGAAUCAAGCAGUCACAGAAGGAGACGGUCCAGCUCACGUUCCAAGCACAGACGAAGGAGUUAUUCUAGAAGCGUUUCCAGAGAACGUUAUGAGAGUAAGUCUCGACGUCGAUCCACUUCUCGAUCGAGAUCUAAAAGGUCUAGACACUCUAGGGCGCGCUCUCGAUCAAGAUCUCACAGCCACUCGAAGUAUAGUAAGUCCAGUAAACAGCACAGGAGGCGAUCUCGCUCAAGCAGCAGGGGAAGCAGAGCUAGUUUGUUUGAUAUUGAACCUAGAAAACUCAACUUAGAUGACACUGAUAUUAAAAUUGAAAAGGCAAUCAAGGCAGCUGAGGCAGCAGGACUGACAAUGACAAAAAUACCAACAUAUGAAUACAAAGAUGUUGAAGUAAAAGAGGAAAUGCCCACAAUUCAUGACAGAAACUUAAUAGCGGAACUGAACAGUGAUAGCUUUGUACAAAAACCAUUCAUCUCUUCAAAAAGCAAGAAACAGUCACAAAAUAUUAUAAUUGAUUUAAAUGCUGAAACAGUGAGUUUACCUAAAGCUGAAGUUAAGGUUCAGAAUGAUGAUUCAAUUAUAAAUUUUGAAGAAAUACCUAGCCAUGAGGAACUAAAGGAAAUGUGGAUUAAGAAGCUUUAUCAAUUCAGAAAGAAGAUGCUUAAAGAUGAAUUACAAAUAAACUAAUUAAAUUAAUUUAUUAUCUAUUUAAUUUUAUGUACAUAUCUAGGCUUAUGUUAAAUAUUUUUUUUAUAUUAUAUCAUGUUGAAAGUACUGAAUUGGAAUAGAUAUAUUCAAUGUAA